AUGUACAGAAUAGAUGUUUCAGAUUUUUAUGACUUCCAAGCCUUCAGAAAUAUGUGUCCAUUUAGAGACUAUAACAAAGCAGUCGAGAAUUUGAAACGUUUAGUCAUUUAUGUUGACUCUGCCCCAGAAUGUUAUGUCAUGAAAGAAUGGGAUGUUGUCUUUAACAAACCAAGAGCAACCAUAGUUUCAGAACAAGAAUGUAAACAGAAACUUAAGAAAAUAAAAGUUGUACAAGUUGGUAUGAAGAUGUUAGAUGCUUGGGAUAUCUUAUUGUCAAAGUUAGAAGAUUUUUCAGUUCGUGGUAUAAAGUUCUAUACACCAUCUCCAAACUUCUAUUCUAUCUUCACUGGAUAUAAAUACGAACAAGUAGAAUGGAAAGAAAAUGUUAUAGAAGCUUGGUUAGACCAUGUCAAAGAAAUUAUAUGCAAUGAAACGAAAGAGUCUAUGAGUAUAUCUUAUGUUGGUUUGCAAACAUCUUACAAUAUCCAAGUGCUAAAAAUGAAACUGCUCUCAUCAUAA